UCAUGGGCGCAGCCAUUUUUAUCCCAAAAUGCAUCACAUACUUUUAGACGGUGCGCCUGUUCAAACUUGCAGGCAACGGGGUCGCUAGUGUAAACAACUGAAUAAAUGGUGGAUUUUUAUCAUUAAACGUCACCUGUCAUUUAUUUUAAUGUUAGAAAUGGACAGAAAUGGUUAGUUUAGUUAUUAUGUGUGGACAGCAAUAGAUAAACAAUUGGAAACCCAACAGUAUGGCAUCAACAAAAGACAUUGAUUCUGAUGGGGGCUCGUUCACACCAUCUGAUGGCAGCUCCUCUGACGACAGAAGUGACAGAGAUUCAGAUUAUGAGAGUGAGGAAGAGGAUGCUACAUCUAAACCUUCAAUGAAUAUACAGUGGACAGGGUAUGGCAAGAAAACACCAGUUAUUCUAUUUAAUGCAGCAUCAAUUUUCACAAAGCGGUCCAACAUGAGAACAGUCGGUGAGCGAUAUCAUAUGACAUACAAGUUUGGCAACUCUGAAUGUAAGAUUGUGAGAAACAUCUUCAACAGCCAUGGUUUCCAUGAAGUACAUCCAAACAGCUCAGACUACAAUAUUGUCUGGACUGGAGCACAUCUUAAACCCUUCACUCUCCGCAGUUUAUCAGAAUUCCAGAAAAUCAAUCAUUUCCCUAGGUCAUACGAGUUAACACGGAAGGACAGAUUGUUCAAGAACAUACAGAGAAUGCAGCAGAUAAAGGGAGUGAAGAAUUUUGAUAUUGUUCCUUCAAGCUUUGUGUUACCAGGAGAAUACCAGGAAUUUUGCACUGCAUUUCUUAAAGACAAAGGACCAUGGAUUGUGAAACCAGUGGCAUCAUCGAGAGGGAGAGGCAUAUUUUUGGUUAAUCAUCCUGACCAGAUACCACUGGAUGAGAACAUCAUUGUUUGUCGCUAUAUUUCAAAUCCAUUAUUAAUAGACGGCUUUAAGUUUGAUGUGAGAUUGUAUGUUGCUGUCACAUCCUAUGAUCCAUUGCAAAUAUACCUGUUUGAGGAGGGCUUGACUAGGUUUGCCACAGUCAAGUAUGAGAAAAGUAUGAGGCAUAUGAGGAAUCACUGCAUGCAUCUCACCAACUACAGUGUGAACAAGAAAAAUGAUGAAUAUGUCAAAAAUGACGAUGCUGAUGUGGAAGAUUAUGGCAAUAAAUGGUCUCUUGGUGCUAUGUUGAGAUAUCUCAGAUCCAAUGGUAAAGAUACAGCAGCCCUGAUGAUGAAGAUAGAAGAUGUUGUUAUAAAGACAAUAGUGUCUGUAGAACUGCCAAUAGCUACUGCCUGUAAAAUGUUCAUGCCUUUCAAAGGAAACUGUUUUGAGCUUUAUGGUUUUGAUAUUAUGAUAGAUGAAAAUAUGAAGCCAUGGGUGAUAGAGGUUAACUUGUCCCCUUCUCUUGCCUGUGAUAGUCCAUUGGAUAUGAAGAUCAAGAGUAACUUGCUGUGUGAUCUCUUUAGUUUGACAGGUAUUAUUUGUCAUGAUCCAAUGAUGAGAACUCUUCAACAAAGUAAAAGAAAUCAGGACAUAGCUUCCAAAAUGGCUGCCAGAGCGAAGUCAGCCAAGGUGAGGUCAGCACAGGCUGUUAUGAAACAGCGCCCAUCUUCUGCUGGUAGCAUGAAGAGAGGGGCAAGCACUAGCAGCGAGAGUGCUACAAACAAAGCAUUAUCUGGUUUAAACAGUGAUGAGAUACGUAUUGUCCGUCGAGCUAAAGAAGAGGAGUCACGUAAAGGAGGUUGGGUCAGAAUAUUUCCUACCGCAGAUUCAUGGGACCUUUACUCAAGUUUCUUGCAAUUCACAACAACAAACAACUUGAUGUUGCAUCAGAAACUUUACCCAGAAAGACACAAAGGUACAUCAACAGCUGUUGUUUCAAGAAGCUCCACAUCUGCAGGAUCUAGAGCAAAGGGUGCAGUUAGCCAAAAAUUAACACUAAGUGCAUACAUUCAGCUGGCUAAUAAUUCAAAUUCUGUAAAACCUACUGUUGAGCUGGCAGCAGCAUAUGCCCAAGCUAUGUUACGUACUAGACGAUAUGAGAGGAAGCUUGGAACAAAACGGUGUAGAAGCAGGAGACGAAGACGUGCAGCAAGAAAUGAGCGUAGAAAGUUGGUUCAAGGUGUACCGGAGGAUUCUGGCGAGGACCAGGAGGAGAAUGAAGAUGAGGAACCUCCGAUCACAGAAAGAAAUAUAUCAGAACAAAAUAAUGUGAUGUCACAAAAAGUGGACAAACCACCUUCCAGAACUCAGAGUGAAGAAGUCAUUAAAAUAGUUGUUGAAAAAGAAGCUAGAAAGGAAGGUAGUUCAGAAAAGCGUACAGGGCUGGCAGCCCUUGCUAGAACUAAUGUAGACAAUAGUGCUGUUUCAGCGGCCGAGGUGAAGGGAGAUCACUCUAGUAAUACUGUAGAGAAUGGUGCUGAAAUGAAAAAAGAAUCCCGGUCUAGGUCACCCUCGCCACCACCUGCCCCACCAGAGCCAAAAUAUAAUGUUGUAGAACUAUUGCAGAAAGGUCAUUCUCUAAGUAAAGUGCAAGCUAGAACAGCAUUUGCUAUGUACCUUGUGAGAGUACAACAGAGAUUGAUGACUGACUGUAACUCUAUGACACAGGAUGACAUGGAUGGACUAAACGAGCAGAUGGAUCUGGUUCUGAGAUUUUUGAAGCGAGCAGCUGUAAAUCUGCAGCAAUCAUUCAAAGUUGUUGUUCCUAGUAGGAAACUGCCAUUGAAUGACAGACGCAGAAUCCUUGCGAAACAGCUCGGGGAUUUUGUUCAUAUAUACAACAAGGUUAAGUUCUGCAGAGGUGAAAAGAAAUGCAUGGCAGGACUGUUGGACAGACUGGAAACAGAGCAGCUCCGAGCUAGGAAACAGCUGGAGAGGAAGCAUACCCACCUGCGACGAGCAGAAAGUGUUGAUGGUCUAGAUGAGGACAAAUUUGACAGAUUUGUACACACAGCAAGUGAGGGUGAAUUAGAAGAAGUGCUUACAACAUAUACCAAAAUCAACAAGUCAGCAAGUAUAUUCCUUGGUGGUAAAACAGCGGGAGAAGCAAGUUCACAUGUACCCACAACAGGAAAUUCAAUGCAGCAUAUAGGAGCUUCGUCCCCUGUAAUGAGAACAGAGUCACAAGUACAGUUGAACAGGCGAAAAGACAGCGAUGCCUCAGAUAAACCGGCAACACAACCUAGAACAGUAACAGGCUGGGAGGAAGUACCUAGAGCUAUACAUAGUGUACCGACCUCUAGUAAUGACCUACGACCUCAUUCCUCUCAUACGGGUAACCAUAGCAACGUAGUCUAUGGAGCACGACCUGCUUCCUACAACACCAACUCUGCAGCUUCCUACGCCUCCGCUGUACAAAUAUACACCCAGAAACUCUCCUCCCUGAGACCAAGGUCUGCAACAACUGCUACUCAAAAACCAGACAGGCAGAUUAGAUCACGACCAUCAUCAGCUGUUAUGGCUAGACCAGGAUCAGCUUCCAGUAAUGCUUAUGGAAGUAACACAGACUUGCAAGGGGAUAUUUCUAGCUCUGAUGAAUGUAACAGCUCCAAUAAAAGACCCUCUAUAUUAUUUAGCAAACAUUUUGCUAGAAAUUUUAAAGAUCCUUACAAUGACAAAGUGAUAUCAGAAGCUCUGCAGCGGUUGACAAUGAGGCAGCAAGCCCGGCAGUAUUCUGCUUAUAAUGGAACUAGUCUUGUGCCAUCUGACUCCGCUAGUAGACCUUCAUCUGCAUGUGGUAACAGGGAGCAAUCAGAUUCCAGAAAACCAGUGAAUGAAACACAAAAUAUAAAUAGUGCAACUGCCAUUUCUCAGGUUGAUAAAGGUAGUGGUGAUAUGGCUAGUAAAUAUAUUUCAAUGGAGGAUCAUGUUACUAAAAAUAGACCUCCCUCAGGUACUGUACCUAAAUGUGUGCCUUCAGCUAUAGACAUGAAAUCUUUUGAAGCUCAUAGAAGGAAACAGACAAAUGUUAAUCUACAAAAUGCCAAUGCUACUUUCAAUAGUUUUAUAGAGGAUACUGGACCUAAUUGGCGAAAUGAUCUUGCCUUGGCCUACAAUCAGGUUACAGGUGUGACUCCCCAAAAUUACCACACACCAUCCCAGUCAAGCAAACAGUACCAGAUACUGCAGCAACAAGCUCUUAAACAACAGAGUAAAGUGUUACUGGAACAAAGCAAAGCUAAACAUCAAGCUAUGAUUGCUCAAGCACAUGCCGUCCAGAAGUCAAUGCUUAAACUUGAUAGGCCAGAGUCAGAGGCCAGCAUGGUGCAUAUGUAUGCUCCCAAGCCACCAGUAAGACCAGGCAGUAGGAAGGCAGCUAGUGCUCACCAUAGGAUGCCUAGACGAGCUGUACCUGAUGAGACGAGCUUGAAUUUCCAGUUCUGCUCCACCGAGAAAUCAGCUAUGAAUGGAGCACAACCAGACACAGUCAUGGAUGGUAGCUUAACAAAGAAACUGUUACAGAUGAAGACAUUUCUCUGAUGCCCAGCUAUUUGCUGAUAAUUGGACAGACUGUCAACUAUGACCCGUAGCAGCACAGAUCAUGCUGUGAAAAUAUAAAUUGGACUGAAAAUUAUCCAGUGAUUUUACCUUAUGGUAUACCAAGGUAGUGCAUUUCUCCUGUGUCAUGGAUGUUUAAAUGCCAUGGUAAAUGUGAGGCAAAUCUGACUAAAUGAAACAAAUAAAGAUAACUUACUAAUAGUUUGUUUAUAUUGACAAUCAAUUAGAUUUACAGAAACCCUGCAAAUGCAUACAUUGCUCAGGGCCCACAUUUUACCCAGACAAACAGGGACCAUAUUCUUCAAAAUUUUAAGAUGCAUAACCUUCUGUUCAUGCAUUUAAUAAAAAAAAUAAAGUGAGUAAAGAUUUGUUAGAAGUCAGCAGCAUAAGAGAAUUGUAAAUCAAAUUUUAGCAAAUUGUUUAUGUUGCAGUUUGGCGUCCAAGCCUUUAUCCCACAUUCCAAACUCAUGAAUAUGAUUCCUGAAAAAUAAAAACUACAGGACAUCUUUUUCAAGUGAAAUUGUAAAAAUUAUUAAUUGUUAAUUAAUAUAAAUCUAAUUUAGAAUCUUAAAAUAACAUACUUUGUUAAAAAAGGAGAAUGAUUGCCUAAUUACUUUUUAAUGCCAUAUCAACUUUGCAUGUAUGUAUAUAAUGUAUAUAUGUAUGACAUCCGUCCAUUAUUGAUUCAUUGAUUAUGUGCUUUCAUGUUUAAUCUGUGAUAUAUAUUUUAUCUUGUCAAUAUUGUAAUAUAUGAAACUGUGUGAUUAUGGUGUUCAGAUUUACUGGUCUAAAUGUUAAUUUAUUAGAUCUGAAUGUGUGAUAUUGAUAACUUUUGUGUAAGAGGUUUUUGCCCAUAGCUUCAUUUUCGACACAUCAUUUGUUUUAUUUUCAUACUUUACCAUUUUUUAAAACUUGAACAUAUAUCAACAUGACAUUGGUAUGCAGUACCAACAUAUUCUUCAUGUGUAGACAUGUCGUAUUUCUUUUAAAUAAUUUACAUCUUACAAAACUUCUCCAACGUUAUUUUUGAAAACAGUGUCAUGAAAUGCAUUUAGUAAUUUUAGUUAUCUAUUCAAAUAUUAGACCAUACUGUAAGGUUUGUUCUGUUUGAAAGGUAAUCAGUCAUACUUAAAUUGAAAGUUUUCAAGUCUAGACUACAAUUCUUUCUUGCAUAAAAGUUAAUAGCUCAAUUUUGUACCAUUCCAAAUAAUGUGUUUAGUGGAACUUUAAGGCCUUUGUAGCAUUUUUAUGUCUGUUUAUAACAAUUUUAUGCAUGUAGGUUUUUAAAAUUUAAAGAUUUGUCAAAUUUGAUGAACUCCAUUUGAGACACGGACUGCACAUGCACAAUGUCUUUUUCGAGCAAAGUCGACAUUUACGCAACUUUUAUCGCCAACGAUUCAUUAUGUCUCCCCCAGGAGACAUAUUGUUUUUGCCCUGUCCGUCCAUCCGUCUGUCCAUCCGUCCUUCCGUCCGUCCGUCCGUACGUCACACUUCAUUUCCGAGCAAUAACUGGAGAAUCAUUUGACCUAGAACCUUCAAACUUCAUAGGGUUGUAGGGCUGCUGUAGUAGACGACCCCUAUUGAUUUUGGGGUCACUCCGUCAAAGGUCAAGGUCACAGGGGCCUGAACAUUGAAAACCAUUUCCGAUCAAUAACUAGAGAACCACUUGACCCAGAAUGUUGAAACUUCAUAGGAUGAUUGGCCAUGAAGAGUAGAUGACCCCUAUUGAUUUUGGGGUCACUCCGUUAAAGGUCAAGGUCACAGGGGCCUGAACAUUGAAAACCAUUUCUGAUCAAUAACUAGAGAACCACUUGACCCAGAAUGUUGAAACUUCAUAGGAUGAUUGGUCAUGAAGAUUAGAUGACCCCUAUUGAUCUUGGGGUCACUCCGUCAAAGGUCAAGGUCACAGGGGCCUGAACAUUGAAAACCAUUUCCGAUCAAUAACUAGAGAACCACUUGACCCAGAAUGUUGAAACUUCAUAGGAUGAUUGAUAAUGAAGAGUAGAUGACCCUUAUUGAUUUUGGGGUCACUCCAUCAAAGGUCAAGGUCACAGGGGCCUGAACAUGGAAAAUCAUUUCCGAUCAAUAACUAGAGAACCACUUAACCCAGAAUGUUGAAACUUCAUAGGAUGAUUGUACAUGCAAAGUAGAUGACCCCUAUUGAUUUUGGGGUCACUCCAUUAAAGGUCAAGGUCACAGGGGCCUGAACAUUGAAAACCAUUUCCGGUCAGUAACUUGAGAACCACUUGACCCAGAAUGUUAAAAAACUUAAUAGGAUGAUUGGUCAUGCAGAGUAGAUGACCCCUAACAAUUUUGGGGUCACUCUGUGAAAGGUCAAGGUCACAGGGGCCUGAACAUUGAAAACCAUUUCCGGUCAGUAACUUGAGAACCACUUGACCCAGAAUGAUGAAACUUCAUAGGAUGAUUGAUCAUGCAGAGUAGAUGACCCCUAACGAUUUUAGGGUGACUCUGUUAAAGGUCAAGGCCACAGGGGCCUGAACAUGGAAAACCAUUUCCAAUCAAUAACUUGAGAACCUCUUGACCCAGAAUGUUGAAACUUCAUAGGAUGAUUAUUCAUGCAGAGUAAAUGACCCCUAUUGUUUUUGGGGUCACAGAGGCCUGAACAUUGAUAACCAGUUCAUAUCAAUAACUUGAGAACCACUUGACCCAGAAUGUUGAAACUUCAUAGGAUGAUUGAACAUGCAGAGUAGAUGACCCCUAUUGAUUUUGGGGUCAGUCUAUUAAAGGUCAAGGUCACAGUGGCCUGUUCAUGUAAAAUCAUUUUUUUGGAAAUAACUUGAGAACCACUUGACCUACAAUGUUGAAACUUAAUAGGAUGAUUGGACAUGCAGAGUAGAUGACCCCUACUUAUUUUGAGGUCACUUAAUAAAAAGGUCAAGGUCACAGGAGCCUGAACAGUGACUUGAGAAACACUAGGCCAGGAGUGUUGAAAUUUAGCGGGAUGACUGGACAUGCCAAGUAGAUGAUCCCUAUUGCAGCCAACCAUCAGUGUCUCUUUGACUUUCGCUCCUGACCCCUAUUAACUUCUUGCCUAUAGGACUUUGCAUUGGGGGAGACAUGCGCUUUUUUACAAAAGCAUUUUCUAGUUUCACUUAAAAGUUAGUAGACAGAGUAAGAGAAAAACAAUCAAAACCAGAAUAUCUUUGUUAAGAAUGCACAUUUAAGGGAUGCUCAACGUCAUCAGGUCAAUGGCAUGGUUGACGCCGGACUUAAAUUUUGUGAAUUGCACGUCGUAUGGGCUGUUCUCACCUGACAAUCGUGAAACUGGUAAGGAGACACAAUCAGACGGGGCCUGUGAGUGAUAGACCAAACACAGGCCAUGAAAAGGUGAUGUCGAUGUUGUAUAAAAAAGUAAAGACGUAUAUGUAAGUGGUAACUUUCCAGUGACGCCAAGUAUAUUAUCAAAAACCUAAUUAAAUUUGUUACCUAGUAAAUGCAUUAUUAAGGUAAUUAUGUGGGAGACUUAUUGAUUUACUCCAGUCUGUGUGUCUGUCUGUCUGUCACAAAGCUUGUCCGCACUCUUAAGUCGAACAUUUCUCAUCCGAUCUUCACCAAACUUAACAUAAUGUGUUUGACCAUAAGACCUCGGCCAAGUUCGAUAACUAGCCAAAUCCGCCCAGGCACUUUUGAAUUAUGGCCCUUGAAUUACUGAUAAGAGUCCACUCGUCCAAGCUGUCUAACUGGGUCCAUUCAUCUAAGCCAUGUAGAGAAACUAGAUAUUUUUCAUAGGGACAGUUGUGGGAGACAUGCGCUUUUCUCAAAAGCAUCUCUAGUCUUUCAUUGUAUGACUCUUUAAUGUUUUCUUAAGAAUGUGGAACACUUGUAUGGGAGGCAGGAUCGCAGGUGUUUGAAGUUCAAUCAGUAAUAUAUAUAUAAAUAUACAGGUUAGAUCUCCAUAAGAGCUUUGAAAUAGAUUCAGCUAUUUCAUAGUAUAUUAAGUGUGUCGAAUAUGAUAAUGCAUAUAUAUUAUAUUUAUUGAUAGAGCUUCAAGCGCCUGUGGCUGGAUGAGGAAGAUCAGUGUAAAAUUAAGAUCAGCUUUAUUGAAAAAUGACAAUUAUCUUUUUUCAAAUAAAUCAGUGUAUUGUUUUA